AAGUAUAAUUAAUCCUAAUUAGCAACAAGGAGAGGAGACUAAGUUUGACGGCCGGCUCGCUUGUCCUGUAAUGAAUAUUAGACACAAAAUUGCCCUUACAAAUGGAGGCGUAGAGACCUAUAAAAGUUUACAUCCUUUGAUGUGUUCGAACGUGGAUGCUUACACAACUCUAGGACCUCGACAGUAUAAGUUUACAAGAUAUUCCAUGGAAAAUCAAUGCCAUUUUUCAGGAAGAAGGAGAUGGAUGGUGCUCAGACAGUGGUUUGUGUGAAGCGAGUGAAGCAAGAUGAACCAGAAGAGUGGGAUGAGAGCAUGCCAUUGCCUGGAGACAUUAUUGAAGGGUAUGCUGAAAAUGAUGCUGAUGAUGAGUUAUUUCGGCCUGCAAAAGUUAGAUCUGAACUAAGUUCACAGCUUGGAAAGAUCGGCCAGAAGGUGGAGACAAUAUGGGUGAAGGUUAGAAGGGGUGAUGAAACGCAUAAACUUCGUGUUCGUGUUGUAGCACAGAAGUCUUCAAUUCUCCAGAGGAAGUAUACAAUUAGAGCGGCUAGGGAUGACAGACAUGUUGCAGUUUUAGGUGACUUGACCUUAGAACGAUGCACCACACUCCAAGAAAUAAGCAGGAGGUUGGUGAAUGUGGAAUUUAGAGGGUUCAACAGAAAGGAAGUGAAGUAUGAUUGGAAGAGGAAAGUGGGUACUCACCUGCCGGACCAAGCAUCUACUGUCGUUAGUUCCAUUCUUUUCCUGCCCUUUCAAGGCGAAUAUUGCAUUGAGGCUUACUGCGGCAGUAUCUUCAGGGGCUCCUCUUGUCUUUGUCAAUGUCCAAACAGAACAGAUCGCGACCUCGGAAGCUUUUUGUCAAUCCUAACAUGCAUGAAUGUUUUCCUAAUAAGCCAAGAGGAGAAAAUCACUCCUACCAUAAAGGAAAUAAAUCGAGGGAAGCAACAAAACCACACUUCAAAUGUAGAAUUAGUGCAAAGCAUAAGGCUAUGGUUCCUACCUGGAGUGGAUGAAGUUUUACUUGAAAUGAUACCAGAAACAGGAGAUGCUGGAUUUGGAAUGGACAUAAAACGGACAGAAGAGGGAUUUAUUUGCGUCUACUCAGUAACAAAGGGUUCAGCUGCCGACCGUGCAGGGCUGAAGCAACUACUUGAAGAAGCAAAUGCCAAAAAGCAUCUGCUUGUUAUCUCUCGAUUAGAAGGCAAGAGUCUAAUGCCUACGAGUGUUAGCUCUGCUGGGCUUAUAUACUGUUGUGAUCACAAUGAAAUAAGGGUCACCCUAAUUUCAGCUAUCAACCGAAUGGAUAUAAUUCAACUCCAUAUCAUGGCCUGGCCUAACCAAACUCGUCCUGACACCCUGAAAUCAAUCAGUGCUGCGACCCUCCGGCCUCCCAAUGGAUAUUAUCACUCACCGCCACUAUGA